AUGGAGGACAAUGAGGAUAUUAGAUAUGAAGCAAAAUGUUCACUAGAGGAGGAAUGUGAAGAAGUGAUUAGAAGGGUCUUGCUGAAGAGACCAGUAGUGUGUGAAUCAUCAAUGAGGAUGCAGAGUUUGCUGGAAGAUAACAAGGGAUUCUUACUAAGAUGGAGCAAACAAACUGAAGUUGACAAGGGGAAAGUUCUAAGAGAAAAGACAGAAUUGUUAAAACAACUACAAGAGGAUGAAGGGAACCAUAAUAUAGAAGAGAUUAAAAAAAAAAAAAGAGAAGGAACUCAUAAAGAGAUUGGGGUUGUUCUUGACAAGGAAGAUUUGAAGUGGAGGAAAAGAGCAAAAAUGAAUUGGUAUCACCUAGGAGAUAGAAACACAAAAUUCUUCUAUAGUUGUGCUAAUCAAAGGAGGAGGAAGAACAAUAUAAAGCUAUUAUUUGAUGAUCAGAAUAAAAGACUUACAAGUCCAGAAGAGUUGGAAGGAGCUUUUAAAGUAUUUUUUGAAAAGUUGUUCACCUCCUCAGUGCCUAGUAGUGCUAAUAUUGAUGAAUGUCUGAAGAAUAUGGAAUUGUGUGUGAAAAGGGGGAUGAAUGAAAUCUUGUCUAAGACCUUCACCAAAGUAGAGAUAGAGGAUGCAAGAAGUCAGAUGGCUCCUUUAAAAUCAUCUGGACUAGAUGGCUUUGGAGCCUUAUUUAAUAAAAGAACACUAGCAUAUAAUUGGAGAUGA